UCACUACAUCAGUAAAACAAUAUACAUACACGCAUACAACCAUACAAAGAUGACAACGACACCAAACUCUCCCCUCGCCGUUAUUCUGUCUCUUUUUCAUUCCUCCCGUUUAUCUAGUUUUCUUUAAGGCCUAUGCAAAUUCGCGCGUGAGGUGUUAAAAUCUUAAAGUUCCGGUUAGCAGUUACAUUUGCCAUUUAUCAUUCUUUACCAUCGUUAUUAUACAUCACUUGCUACUACGCCGACAAGUUUUCAAAUACACGUUCAUCGUGGCACCUGUGGAAAAUGUACACGCGUGUAAUGCGAUACUCGACCUUACUAUCAUCGUUUCUUUGUCUUUUUCAUGUAGAAUGUAUGAGACACACGAGUCCAUUAAAAAAAAUGCGAUACGUCAUAUGUAUGUGAGUCUUUCGUAGCGCGAUAACUACACUUUUGUGGAAAAGGUAGCGAAAUGAAUGCUAAUAUCCUUUUAUUAUGCUUAUGUUUCUUACUUAUAUUUUUUCGCACUUAUGCAUCAUGAUUAUGUUAUGUUGUGUGUGUAUGUGUGUGUGUGUGUGUGUACGUGCGUGCGCGCAUGAUACUUUGAAAAUGUACGUUACGAGGUUUUGUAUCUUAUGUAGCGAGUGACAUGAAUUUUAAAAAGGUUAUUGAACCUUUCAGUUUUGGUUUAUAUAUCACCACAAGGCAAUGAAGAUGAGUUUCUCUCUAUCCUCACUUCAGCCUUCUAGCAAUAGUCUAGAAAGGCGGAAGCAAGUGAGCAUGCCGUUAGAAAGACCUUAUAACAGUCUUACCAAAAAAAGAAAAGAUCCAAAACAAAUGCAAUGUCAAAGAAUGUGGACUAACAGAGAAGAUAGCAAAGAUGACUUUUGGGCUGCGAUACGGUCCAAUUAUGAUUAUAUUAUGGAUACUAAUUUAAUUGAUAGUUGUAAGGAAGCUAAUGGUGAAUUAACUUGGGACGAGACAGACGUAUCCACUCAGUCGUGGAGUUUGAAAGAAGUUAGUUGCCAAUUUUCAGAGCUUUAUUCGUGGUUAAGAGUCCUUCAGGAAUUAGUUUAUUCUAAAGAAGAAAAUCUUUUGGACAAAAGCUUACGUGCGGCUCACAUGGAGGAGUUGCGACGUAGGGCAUACAGAAGAAAAUUGUUCAAUGAACAAGCAGAAAAAUUAGUAGCAUGCACCCCUGCAUUAAAAGAUGAAGUGGCGUGGCGUGUUAAUCAUUUAAAUACAAAGUGGGAAUUAGUAGAACAAAUUAUGGCACCUGUAGAACGGACUGUGUCCGACGAACAGGACGUAUCUGCAGAUUUUGAACAUGAAGUGCGGUGUUUAAGAAAAUGGUUACGAGAAAUGGAAUCGCGUUUGAAGCCAUUGAGUUUUCACGUAGAUUGGACUUUAGCAGAAUUAGAAGAAAAGGCAAUGGAGCAUAUGAUACUCCAACGAGACAUAGAGGCACACGGGCGUAUCAUAAGCUCGGUCGUGAAGUUGAGCGAGAGAGUAUUCAAACAACGACAGCAACAGUCGGCCCAAUCAUUAAGAGUCGCGAGAUCGCUCGAGCGUCGCUGGCAUCUUCUCUUUUUACGUGCUCUCGAGUGGCAGUGUCAUAUCGAAACCCUUGCAUCGCGAGCAAGUAAUAAGAGUGGCGUUUCUUGCCAAUGCAGUAGCGAGAGCGACGAGGAGCCGGUCACGAAACAGCCUCGCUUGAGUUGUAGUAGACAAUCUUGUGGUUCCGGAAGAGAAUCUCCUGCCUCCGUUGGUAUUACUCCGACUACAACGAUCAUUAACAGCACUACUACAACUGCAACUGCUACUACUACUACUACUAUUACUACUACUACUACUACCACUACUACUACCACUACUACUACUACUACUAGUACUACUGCUAAAUACGUUCGUACGAAGCAAACAAAGCAUUUUAGAUCUCGAGUAAGAAGAGAUUCCGAGAGAACAAACAGUUCAAGAAACGAAUUUUCGGAUAGCGAUGCUUCGUCCGAGAUUCAAUCUGUCGACGAAGGAUCCUACUUUGAGGAUGAAUUAUGUCAAUUCUGUGUGAUGGAUGCUAAGUUCGAGGAAGCAGAAAGUAGUAUUACUAGAAUAGUUCACGGAGUAGCGAUAGAAACAGGAGACCAGGGGGAAGAGGCUGACGUAGAAGAAGAGGAAAGAGACGACAUGCCGCCGACACCUAAUACCGCACCAAUGACGUCGUCUACGACGACGAUAAUACGAAAUCAGACGGCUGAACAGGCUAAAGAAUCCGUACCAUCAAAAGAGACCCUGAAGAGACGUCGUUCACUGACGCCAUCCACAAAUGCAUCACCGAUUGAGGAGGCAGCUUCCUUUAACACAUCCGAUAGAAAAUCAAAGAACUGCGCCAUCUUUUAUUUCAAACAUUUAGAUACGGAUUCCGAAGUAGAUUGUUGUCAGGCAAACGAAGAAUCCGCAAACAUGGUAGAUGAUUCUUCCGAGGAAGAAUGGACUUACACAUCUUCCCGUGCUAAUAAUUAUGUUUGCUCAGAGGAGAGGAAAACAAACGUGGUCGUUCGAUUAGAUUUCGACGAGACGCCGCGUGUUAGCGUGAAUGAGAAGAUGCGAUUUGUAGAACAUGAUGACAGAAUGGUUGAAGUUAAAGAGAACGAAGAAGUUGAGGAGCGAAUAUCGAAGAGACAGGCGAAGAAUGUCGAUCACGAGGAAGAGGAGGAAGAGGAGGAGGAGGACGAAGAGGAGGUGGCAGCGAUAGCGGAUGCUCCGGAAAAGGAUAGCGAUGACGAUGCGAAGAGCGACAAAGUUAGCAUAGGAAGAUUGAUAAAGGAAGUAGAAAAGUUGGUAAGGGAAGAGAGACAGGCUACUUUUCCCAGAACGUUUCCUCCUUUAAUAUUUGAAGAAAAAAAGGGGACAACGAUGAAUCACCGGGCGAAAUAUGCUCGUAUAAAGGAAUGGUUGAGAAUGAAUUCAGCAAGAGGUCAUGAAGUUGCGAGGACAGGCUUAUUACAGCCCCUAGACAGCUGUGACGCGAGUGGGGAAUAUACGACAGAGGAAUCUGAUGGGGAGAGGCAAUCUGUCUCGUCGGAGGAUCUGCAGAGUAGUGUCGCGACCUAUCGUCGCUUUGAAAGCGGAGCUCUCGGCCGAGCACAGUCACAGUCGAUGUCGCAAGAAAUAAUUGAGGACUUUGAUAAAACGCCCGUUAAUGAAAACCGUUCGGUAUUGGAUAGCUGUACACCAAAAGUUAUAAUGCGUUCGAGACAAAAAACAAAUGGUCCUAGACCUUGGAGCGUUUCUUGCAUAUCACAGAUAGCUUCGAGUUCCGGAUUGAAUCAGGUCAAUGAUUCCAUCUCGCAAUUCUCGAUCUCGCAAUCUGAGACAGCCCUGCAUCAGCUCGUUGUAUCACCGCCAACUAAAUCUAUUUCGUUGGAUGCUGCAGGUUUACCUAAGUCAUUUAAUAAUUCAACGUCGACUUUGCUAGAGGAGUCGAUCAUAUGUCAAGACGGACGUACGGCUAGAAAUAGUUCAUUACGUAGGAAAAAAAGUAGGCUUAAGAAGAAACAUUUGGGUCGGAAAAGUGGUUCUAGUUCCGAAUGUGUUAGUGGAAAUCAUCAUUCAGCAGGAAGCGAUGGUAGUUUGAAUCAACAAAAAUCUCUUCGUAAGAUGAAUACAAAUCGAGUUUUACGUGCAGUUUCAAGGGAGUGUUAUGGACAUUCGACGACUCUUGUUAAAUCUGGUUCCUUCUCAGGAUGUACCGCUCAUCAACAAUUAAACGUUGAAACAUUGCCUGUGGGCGAUUCUUCACUGGCACUUGCUAUGCCCUGCUGUCGUGACUUGGUUGCUUCAACGGAGGCGGAAGAAGAGGAACGCAGUUGUAUCAAAGGUUGUUCCACUUAUGAAGACAGUUUAUUAGACACUGUCCUUAAUAGCAAAGAACUCUACAAUCGACAAUCUAAUGUCGACAGUGACGUAGAAAUGAAUAGCCUUGGUAACAAUUCUUUCUCAGAGCAAGCUUGGGAUAAUUAUCAGGAAAAAUAUAUGAGUGAAACAUAUAGUGAAGCGCCGGAUGUAGAAACAGCACGAAGAUUGUUGGACUUUGGAGAUGAUUAUAGAAACUUUCUCGAUAGUCAAUCGGAUUGUGCUUCUAGUAUGAGUGCUCUUCCUGGUAGUUCAUCAGUGAUGCCUCGAAAUCGGAUGCGCCAUGAAGUAACCGAUACUACCGAAGACAGUGAUAGCGACGUGGAAGAAAUACGUAAUGUCCUUGAAAAAUCACAAUCGCAAUGCGUGCUUGCGGAAAACCUUUUUUUAAGAUCAAAUGGAACUCUACCGCAGGAAAGUGUCGAAGUGGAAAGUGCGUGCAGGGAGAAUUUGAGAUGCCUGAACACAUUGCUCGAAUCUAUCAGCGGAUCAUUCCGGACUGAGAAAUAUACGAAGCAAGUUCGUGGUGCAAUAGAAAGAUGGGAAUCGUUAGCAUCUCGGGUGGAAGAAAGUCGAAUGGCGAGUUCGCUUCAUCAGGAGUUAUCCGCGAUGCUGUUGGAAUUUAAAGCCUCGCACAACAGGCUUAUGGCUUAUGAGAUCGUUUUGGAACAACCUCAUGUUCUGGACGAGCGUAUUAAUCGAAUUACGGCAGAAUUGAUCGCUCUAAGGGAACGCAAGGCAGCGAUGUUGGCAUUGAACGUCUCGGCGCAUCGAUUGAUCACCGACCUAGGUGCCUCUACGUCUUUGAUUUUUACAGCCUUGAAGGACGGCGUAGCUGAUCUUUACAGAGUUUGGGACGAGACGUUUCAAAGAGGAAAUCAACGUCUAUGCGCUCUUCAAACUGUCCAACAAUUUAGCAUACGCCUGUCGGAACUUCAAUGCGAUUUACGUAGAGACAAGGAUACUCUAGCGGUGCUGGACGUUGCUCUUCAAGCCGGUGCUACUUCGGAAGUUGCCUCUUCUGUACGUCACGUUGCUCGUCUUCUUUCAGAGAAGCAAGAGGUUCAUUCUCAGAACGAGACGGUGAUAAUGAAUGAUGCGACGAUCGUGGAAAUAACUGCAUGUCCUUUGGCAAAGUUUACUGAUCAGUCAGCAACGUUAUUGAGCCAAGAAGGUGGUUCACUAUCGGACAGUGGAAUAUCUGAUAGCGGUAGCGAGCAGGAGCUGAGCGAACGAGAACGUCGAUUGGCAGCUCUUCGUCGUUUGACGCGUAGCUUGGAGAAUCAACUUGAUCCAGGAAGCGAAGCUUUAACCGAACUUUGGAAAAGGGUCGAGGACGCUGAAAUCGAGCUACGUGAUUUACAGAAACAGUGUCGUGAACUGAUCGUUCGUACUGCAGCCAGCGUCGAAAAUCGUACUAUUAAAAGAAUGUCUGGUCAGCAUCAUUAUCGUACCGACAAACGCAAGAAGGCAUCUGGCAAUGAUGACAACAACAUUGGUGAUGAUGCAAUUAAAGAUCAAUCAGAGAUGGACGCUUAUGUUGGUACAACAAAAUCCGAGGACACUGGUGAUCCGGAGAACGAACCGGACAUUCCUCAUAGUUGGAUAUGGCGUAUCCUGAGGGCCGCAUUGCCCUUUCAGUUGGCUCUAGUCGCUCUUUUCUGUGCCGCCUGUCUCCUCGAACCACAUUGCUGCGAAGCGGCCAACACUCUCAAUCUCUCUUUGACUCCGCAGCUUCGUUACAUCAGAGGGCCCCCUCCAGUGUAAAUAAACGUCGCCCAGUUCGACCGAUUCGUUACAGCACAGAAUAUGUGUGGGUGUUUGCGUGUAUGUAUAUGUGUACGUUAAGUGUGUGAUGUGUGUGUGUGUGUGUGUAUGUGUAUUUGUGUACAUAUGUGUGCGCGUGUGCGUGUAUUUGUAUACGUAUGUAUGCUCGAUGACAGUGCCGUCGUUCGUAACUUGAUCGACGACUUUUUUCUUUCUAGUUUACGCACUGCCCUCGUUGUUUUCUUGAUAUAUAUAUAUAUAUGUAUAUGUAUCUCUGUGUGUGUGUUAUAUAUGUAUGUAUAUGUUUAUGUAUGUAUGUUUUUGUACACUGCCUGCUUCGUCGUCAGAUCGACGAUUAAUUUUUCAUUAUGCUCAAAUUUUCUUACGCGAGGAGUACAACUGGAAAGAAAUAGUCUUUGUUCGAAAAUUGAUUCAAAGAUUUCAUUCGAGAACUUGUUUAAUCAUUUCGUUCGAGUUAUGACGAUCGAGCAUAUUUUUAUUUGUUCUCUUCUUCUUUGUAUAUAUAUAUAUAUAUAUAUAUAUAUAUCUUUAUUUAUAGAAAUGCUAUUUAUCGAACAAAGAGAUAAAUGAGAGAAGACCGGAGGACCGGUUAAUAUAAUAUGGCGAAUUUGAAGUCGCAACAAAUAAUAACGUUAUAAUAAUUACAUGGAAGAUCAUAAUGAUCGAGUUAUUAACGAUGAUAGGAUUCUUUUUUAUUUUUUAUUGUUAGAAGAAGAAAUAUAUAUUUAUUGAAAGACGUAUGGCGGACCAAUAUGGCAGCCGAAUAUAUCAUUUCCGAAUAAAAGCGGUUUGCUUUCGGAAAAUGAAAAACACCACGUAGAAUGAAAAAUCGAAAUUGAGUUCGAUUUAGACGUACCAGUAUUGCGAGUAUUUACACAUUAUACGUUACUAUUCUCGCAGAAAGAUUUAUACGAUCCGACUUUAAAGAGAGCCUUUUACUUAUCUGGGUAGAAGGAUGAGGAGAAAGAGGAAGUAGAAGAGAAGAAGAAGUAGAAAUAGUAGAAAAAGAAACAGGUGUAGAUCGAAGUAGUAAAACCGAUUUUGUUUCUACUGUCGUUUCUUGAGACAGUGACAGAAUUGGAAAGUAGGCUUUGAUUCGGUGAUAAAGCCUUCGAAGGAAUCAGAUAGAUGAUAGAUAGAUAGAUAGAUAGAUAAAUAAAGAGAGAAAAAGAGAGAGAGAGGGAGAGAAAGAGGAAGAGAGAGAAGAUAGACAAAGAGAGAAAAAUGUAAGUUUCAUUGGGGAUAACGGGAAAUCGUUCUGCGGACCAGUAUUUUUCUAUUUUCGUCCAGAUUCACUGCACAUACGUAUGUAUGUAGCUUGUUAGAACAUGAUCUCCCAUCACCAUCUUCAUUUCUCGUUACACCAUCAUCGUACACACCACCGCUCGCUCACGUUUUCGUCAUUUAUUUCGUCUUUUUAUUUAUUUAUUUUUUUUUUUUUUUUAAUGUUUUUUUCCUCAAUAUAAUUCUCUUCCUAACAAGAAAGAAGAAUUUUUCAUUAUUAAAAAUCAAAUUAGAUCGGAAAACGAUAAAAAUUCCGAAUGCUAAUUUGAAUUCGUUAAAUAUCAUGUUCAUCAAUUUUGUUUUUUCUAUAAUAAUGGUGUAUAUAUACGAUCGAUUACGACGUAUAACGAGAAGAUUAUCUACAAGAGAUUAGAUUUUCGCUUAUUAUAAAGCGUGUUACACUGCCAUCGUAGAAGAGAAGAGACGUUCAUUAAAAAAUCUUAUUUACUCGUUUAUAAUGAACAAACGGAUGUGCAAAAUAGAUAAAGAAGUGUUAGUAGGAGUAUUGUCUGUUAUAAUACAGACUUUGAUGCUAAUUGAACAGUUGAUAACGAAGAUCGACAACAAUCCAUUUGAAGGGAUAGCACAACUAUUUUUAUUUCUUUUCAUUUUUUUUUCUUUUCUUUUUUUUUCUCCAUUUCUUUUCCUUUUGAUAUCGAUAUCACUUCGAUAUCGAGUCGCUUACUAAUACGUUAAAAAGAUAAAUAAAACGAUCAACUGUGUUUUUUACAGUUAAAGUAGAUAACCGAAAACGGUUUGAUGAUUCGUGUAUUUUUAAUACGCGAAAAUGGAGAAAUAUUUAUAAAGACGUGAAAUCGACAUCGAUUACUGAACAUGUCAUCGUCUUGUACACACAUACACACUCACAAAAUGAGCUUAUUUUUUCUUUUUUCUUUUUUCUUUUUUUUUUUUAUUUCAUCGUUGAGAACAUCAAUUAAUCGUGUUUUUUGAGGUAGAGCGUAGAAAGGUAAUUAUACGCUUUGUGUAAAGUUCUUCACGAUUUAUCAGAAAGACACAUUUAACAAAACUUUCUUUCAUUCACGACGAAUUAUGAUUACAGGACAAUUCUAUUGCAAUCGCGAUGAUGACUUCCGAUCUUUCGUACGAUGCUUACCGUGUAAGCGUACUCAUUUGUGUGUAUUGAAAAAAAAAAUAAAUAAAAAUA